AUGAUUAUCGACCAACAAAUAUCAUCUGACAUUUCUCCCUUUCUGCCACCAACCUUUCCUACGCUGUCUUGUCGUCUCACCAUGUUUCGCCGACGAUUGGAUGAGAUAGAGGAAGCUCGAAAAAGGGCUCAACCUCUUCCUUCGGGAGCAGCCCCUUAUACCUCGUCAGAAUUUUUCAAAGUCCACCCGCUUGACACAAAACCUAACGCGAAAUGCUGGAGUCAUCGGUUCAGUGCAAACAGUCUGAUUCAAACAGACUCGCCCCUCAAGGUAGCCUCGAGGGAUUCCGAUCCGCUUAGCAUGAUCACACUAGGCACUGCGCGGCCAUCACCUGAGUACUUUCCAUGGGAGUCGAUUGAGAUGCGUUGCCCUUCUAGCGGCCCAUUCAAGACUCCGGAGGCUGUGUCGACGGCUUGUACCAAAGGAGAGCAGGAAUACGACCUCUCCGUAGCCAUGAACUAUGGUUACUCUGCCGGAUCUCCUCAGGUUCUCCGUUUCGUUACUGAGCAUAUUGAGAUGAUUCACAACCCGCCAUAUAAUGACUGGGAGAGUUCUCUCACUUGUGGCACUACCUCAGCUCUAGAGAUAUGCUUUAGGAUAUUCAGCAACCCAGGCGAUGUUGUACUUAUGGAGGAAUACUCAUACACCGGCACCAUCUCUGCUGCCAAAGCCCAAGGUCUCAAGAUUCUUAAUGUGGCUACAGAUAAUUUCGGCGUCAUACCUGGCGACUUGGACUUGCAGUUGGAUGCUUGGGAUCUUGAGAUGGGCCCGAAACCAUUCUUGCUCUAUAUGAUCCCCACAGGUCAAAACCCUACUGGUAUAACACACAGUAACAAACGACGAAGGGAAAUAUAUCAGGUAGCAGCCAAGCAUGACCUGUACAUACUCGAAGACGACCCAUAUUACUUCCUCCACCUCGGACCAUAUCCUGGGCCCUCUGAUCUAGAAACAGACUCAACGUCCCUGGAUGAGUAUCUGGCACAUCUACCAAACUCAUACCUCUCCUUGGAUGUUGACGGCCGUGUGAUCCGUAUGGAUACUACGUCCAAGAUUCUGGCACCUGGAUUACGUUGCGGGUGGAUAACUGCCUCUUCCCAAGUCAUUCGCAAGUUUCUGUCCUACUCGGAAGUUGGCGUCUUGUCACCAAGCGGCCCUUCGCAAGCUAUGUUAUAUAAGUUGCUGGACCAAACUUGGGGCCACGAAGGAUUUAUUCGCUGGCUUUUGUCGCUAUCGCUGCAAUACAGGGAGCGUCGAGACCUUCUACUCCAGGCAUGUGAGCGCUUCCUUCCGUUGGACAUUUGCUCUUGGGCUGUUCCUACAAGCGGCAUGUUCUUAUGGAUCAAGAUUGAUUCUUCGAAAGUAACACAUGUUCUGAAUGGAGAUUCAGAUGACAUUGCUUGGCGCCGUGCUUUGCAGCUAGAGGAGGAAAUCUUUUCUCAGGCGCGACGAAGUGGUGUGCUGAUUAGUAAAGGGAGCUGGUUCGUCCCAGUUGUCGAUGAAAGUUGUGGCAUCUACUUUCGAUUGACCUUUGCAGCUGCACCAAGGGAUGAGCUUGAGCCAGCGAUACAGCGCCUGGGUGAUGCUCUAGGCCGGAAAUUCUCAACCAGGCACAGUCAGUGA